UUACUUCCGCGUAAACAACCUCCUCCCAUGCCCAAGAUGAGGACACAAAAUCGGUCAAGAUGACUCCUCCCAUUCUCUUCUCAAAGAGUCGCUCGGAACUUCAUCAGUAAUCUCGCUGCACCCGCAACCUCUUUCGUUUUGGAUAGAACUCGACUCGGCCUUACAGUCCAUUGAGAUCGGCAAUGGCCAGCAGACUCGCCCACCGGCACAUCGCCCUGCAAUGGAGCUACAGAAUAUCAUCACAACCAUCCACAUCGCAAACCAGGCCUGCACGGAUCUUCGCUCGAUGCAUUCACAUCUUCCGAGACAUUCCUCCACUCCGCCAACAUAGACGCCAACUCCUCCUCAACGGCGACACACUCGGCUUCGUCCCCACCCUCGGCGCCCUGCACCACGGCCACCUCUGCCUAAUCCGCGCCGCAGCAGCAGAAAACAGCAAAGUCAUCGUCUCCAUCUACCUCAACCCCACCCAAUUCGGCGUGACCGAAGACCUCAACAGCUACCCCAAAACCUGGGACACGGACGUCGCGCAGCUGCGCGCCCUCGACGCCGAACUCGCCCGCACGCAUGGCGCAGGCCGCAUCGAAGCCAUUUUCGCCCCGACGACCAAGGCAAUGUACCCCACCUCACCGCCGGACUCGACCAUCCCUGGCGUGGGCUCUUUCAUCACCCUCACGCCCCUCGGCACGCUGCUCGAAGGCGCCAGCCGACCCGUCUUCUUCCGCGGCGUCGCGACGGUGUGCAUGAAGCUCUUCAACAUCGUGCAGCCGGAGCGCGUCUACUUUGGGCAAAAAGACGUGCAGCAGACGGUGGUGAUCCGGCGCCUGGUCACCGACUUCCACCUCGACACGCUCGUGCGCGUGUGUCCUACCGAGCGCGAGCCCGACGGUCUCGCGAUGAGCAGUCGCAAUGUGUACAUGGGGCAGCGCAGGCGGAAGGUCAGCGUGGUGCUUUCGCAGGCUUUGCGGGCGGCCGAGGCGGCGUAUGGGAUGGGCAGGCGCGAGAGGGGGGAUAUCCUGGCUUUGGCGUGGGAUGUGGCGAAUCGGAUGGUCAUGGAGCAGGAGGCUCUCGGGGAGGCGGAGAGGGCAGGGAUUGAGGUUGACUAUUUCUCCCUGGCGGACCCGGACUCGAUGGAGGAGGUGGAGGUUGUUGAUGGAGAGAGAGGAGCGGUGCUCAGCUGUGCGAUCAAAAUGUUGCCAUUGGAGGUGACGAAACCGGGGGAGGUACUUGGACUGGGAGAGGACAAAGUGCCGGUGCGGCUCAUAGACAACAUUAUUCUCCAGCCUCAGCGGCCAUCAUGAG